UGCACGCCAAGUUGUGGACCCGAUUUCCCAUUCCAAGACGUCACCGCGAGCGGUUUGCAAUGAAGAUAUCCAUCCCAUGCAUAAUGAAACCUUCCAAACGAACGUUCGGCCGAGGCCGCUCAGACCACAACUUCCCUAGCCAUUUAGUUGGAGCAUCCAAAUUGUGGGGGACUGUGAAGCCUCACAGUACUGCACGCCAAGGUGUAGACCCACGAUAUUUCACUCUGCCAUUCGCGUUGAAGGUUCCCCGUACAACUCAUCAUAAUAUACGCCCACCGUCCCACGAAAAUCAGGCCGCCAAGAUGAGGACUCGGAGAUUUUCGUGGGAUCGCCCUGAAGGGAGCGGGAUCGCACAUGGGAAGGGGCGAUAUAAAUAGUUCGGAGGGCUGCCAGACUCGGGCCCUAUUCGUCACUUCCGGGCUCCAGUUUAGUUUCCCCCGAUCUCGACCUUCCGCCGCCAUGAAAGCGACAGGCGCGACGGCGAUAUCGCCAUCAUUGGCCGUAGACGAGACGUCAACACGAAGCGCUGGACGUGUGCACCGCAACCUUUUAUCAUUUAUAACCAUUUCAUGGCUCAGCCCACUCCUCAAAAAAGGCUACCGCAAAUCCCUCCAAGAAGAAGAUCUCCCCGCUAUAAGUCGCAGCGAUGAGGCGCAAUCUUUCAUUGGAUCGCUGGACCCCUUUUGGACGCGCGUGCAUGGCGCGCGGAAGCAUCAGCAGGUUGACGGCGCGGCGGUCAAGCCGGUGUCGUCGGCGGCGCUUGCGUCGCUGCUGUUUCGGAUCUUUGCGUGGAUGUUCAUUGCGGGGUUGGUGUUGAGCGGGGUUAAUGUUGCUAUUUCCCUGAUUCAGCCGCAACUGAUACAGAAUGUAAUCAAUCUCCUCGACCCAACAUUCGACCAAUCCACACUCACGAUCAAAAGCGUCUACAUCUACGCCGCGAUAUAUGGCCUCCUCAAUAUCGCGUACGCGGCCUGCUCAGCAACCUUCCUUUCCCUCUCCCUCGUCUUUGAAAUGCGCUUGAAAGCCAUCCUCAUCGGUGCCGUUUACGCCAAAGCCAUGCGGCUGUCAACCAAAGCGCGGCUCACCUUCUCCGCUGGCAAAAUCAACUCCCUCGUGGAUGUGGAUGUCAAAAACCUUACACACUUGCUCAACGACGGGGUUGGGGCCGUUGCCUCGUUCGCGCAGAUCGCCCUCGCGCUUUACUUCCUUGCCAGGAUCCUUGGCGUCACCACGUGGGUAUCUGCGGGGACCUACCUGACGCUUGCGGCGCUCUCGAUGGGGCUUGUUACGCGCUUCCUGAUGAAGGGACAGAUAGCAUACAUGCAUGCGUUGGACGGACGGACAAAGAAGCUCCGUGAGUUCCUGUACGGCGUGCGGAUGAUCAAGUACCAGGCGCUGGAGAACAGCUUUGUCGGCAAGAUACUGGAAACGCGCCGAACGCAAUUAUCGGGACUCAGACUAUUCCUGAUAGCCCUGGCGGCCCUGUUCUCGAUCGUGUCGUUCCAGACGAUUCUAAUGCCCACUCUCACCAUCAUCAGCUACUCGCAGCUGGGCGGUGCGCUGACGGCCGGGAACGUGUUCACCAUCCUUGGACUGAUUGGGGCGUUGAUGCUACCCUCCGGCACGUUCCCGGGCCAAGCGAUGACCCUCGUCGGCGCGUGGGUGUCGUUCAAGCGGGUUUCUGAGUUCCUCCUGGCUGAGGAGAAAGACCCGCAGGAUUACACGACGCGUGUGGUACCGGACACAACAUCAGCGCUUGCGGUCGAGUUGACGAACGCGACGUUCACUUAUGAAAAAGCGCGGGAGGAGGAUGCGCCAGAAGGCAAAGAGGCGGCCGAAUCCGCCGCCGAACCGUUCCAGCUUACGGACGUAUCGCUCGAGAUCCCCCGCGGCGCGUUGGUCGGCGUGGUCGGUCCGGUCGGCUCAGGAAAGACGUCCCUGCUCUCCGCCCUGGUCGGCGAUCUGCGCAAAGUAGGGGGCAAGGCCUCCGUGCACGGCACCACGGCGUACUGCCCGCAGGAGGCGUGGAUCCUCUCCGCCACGGUCAAGGAAAACAUCCUCGGUCCGUUCCAGCAUGGUCAGACGACCGAUUUCGACGCGGCUGUAAAGGCAGCGAUGCUUGACGAUGAUCUUCGCCUUAUGACGCACGGUGCCGGCACCCGUGUCGGCGAAAAGGGCAUCUCGCUUAGUGGUGGCCAGCGAGCACGUGUCGGCCUGGCCCGCGCCAUCGGACACAACGCGGACAUGUUGCUUCUAGACGAUCCUUUGGCGGCGCUGGACGCGCGUGUAGGACGUCAGCUGUUUGACGAAACCAUCUGCGGCGCCCCACUGAAGGGGAAGACUCGUGUCCUUGUCACGCAUCAGCUGCAAUACCUCCCGGCCAUGGACCUCGUUGUCGUCAUGGAGGCAGGCCGGAUCGUGCAGAAGGGCACCUUCGACGCUCUGAUGCAGGAUAAGGAGGGCAAACUUGUGGAAAUGAUGAAGUCGUACCAAGCCGAAAAGAAGGAAGACGAGGAGGCUGUUGUUGAGCCGGAUGUCGCACCGGUGGACAAUGUUGCUGCGGUUAUUGAGAAGGUGCAAAAGGAGCUGAAGGAACAGGAGUUGAUUGCCGAGGACCGCAGAGAGGGCGCCGUUCAAUCCAAGUUCUUCAAAGCAUACACCAACGCCUCGGGUUCCAUGUUCAAAUUCGGACUCGUCGUCGUGCUUCCACUCUUCGUCGCUGCGGCGACUCUCAACAAGAUCUUCCUCGCCGUCUGGACGUCCGACGCAUGGGGCUGGACCUUCGACCAGUACCUCCACUUCUACGUCGGCGUCGGCAUGCUCGAGGCUGUGGUCAUCGUCCUAACCUUCCUGAUCAACAUCCGCGGCUCGUACAAAGCCGCCGAGACAUUCCACGACAAAGCGCUGAUGGGGCUCUCUCGCGCGCCAAUGGGAUUUUAUGACGGCCAACCAAUCGGGAGGAUUCUCAACCGCAUGACGACCGACGUGCAGUCGUUGGAUUUGGAAAUGGGGAUGCUGAUCAACAAUUUCGUUGCCAACGCCGUCAUGCUCGUGUCGAUGCUUAUCAUCGUCGCGUACGUCUCGCCGUACAUGCUGAUUCCCAUCGCUGUUCUCGCGGGUCCCGCGUUCUACAUCUUUCGCUUUAGACAAGCUUCAUACCGAGAGCUGAAGCGGUUGUCGUCCAUCAUGCGAUCGCCGCUGAACGCUCACCUCUCUGAGACCCUGACGGGCAUCCCGAUCGUCCGCGCGUUCGGCGCUCAGGACGCGUUCAUCGCUAAACAGCAAUCGACGACCGAUCUGGCCAACAAGGCCCAUUUACUACUCAACAGCACGGCAUACUGGUUCGAUCUGCGGUUGAAUCUCCUCACCUCCGCCAUCGUCAUUGUCUUGCUCAUCGUCGCGGGGUCUGGCGGCGUAAGCCCCGCUUCCAUCGGACUAGGGUUGUCGUCGACCAUCGGGCUCGGUCAAACGUUGCAGGGUGUGCUAUUCAUGGCGGGGCAACUUGAAGCGUCCUUCAACUCGGUGGAGAGACUCACUCAUUAUGCAGACGGUCUGCCUGUGGAGGCGCCGACACAUUUGCCAAAGGACCCUGCGGAGGGAACAUGGCCCGCCAAAGGCCAUAUCGCGUUCGAGAACCUGACCAUCUCCUACAGCGCCGAAUCGGAUGCCAAGAACGUGCUCGACAACGUAUCGUUCGUCGCGACCGCUGGAGAGAAGAUUGGAGUCGUCGGCAGAACCGGCGCCGGAAAAAGCACCUUGAUGGCGGCGCUGUUCCGGCUCGUUGAGGCGAAAGGCGGCCGGAUUGUCGUGGACGGCCACGAUAUUGCUCAGCUCGGUCUCGCCACGCUGCGGAAAGGAAUCACCAUCAUCCCGCAGGAACCUGUGCUUUUCCAAGGCACGAUCAGGUCUAACCUGACCGACGCCAACGACGGCAGCAGUAGUGGAGCUGUCAUGACGGAGAAGAAGGAUAGUGACGACCGCCUCUGGCGCGUAUUAGAAACUGUCGCUCUGCAAGAGUACGUGGCAUCGCUCCCGGAAAAGCUCGACGCCCCCGUCACUGAAGGCGGCGACAACCUGAGCGCUGGCCAACGCCAACUCCUCUUACUGGGCCGCGCACUCCUCCACCACCCCGCAGUCCUCGUCCUCGACGAAGCAACAGCCGCCGUCGACGCCGCCGCCGAAGACCGGAUUCAAAAAGCCAUGGCGGAAGAACUGCAAAAUACUACCGUGCUGUGUAUCGCGCAUCGGCUUGUUACCGUUGCCGCCUGCGAUAAAGUGCUGGUCAUGGACAAGGGCACGGUGCUUGAGUUUGACUCCCCGAAAACACUGUUGCGCGAUAGGCCUGAGUCGGCGUUUGCGGCGCUGGUGGAGUCGGCGGGACCUGCUGAGGCUGCGCGGGUGCGGGAGAUUGCGUUUGCGUAGAACUUUACUGACCCUGACUUCCCUUUAAUUACCUCCCCUCUGCUUUCAUCAAUCAUCCUUAGAUAGUGGGUUAGAGCGGAGGUGGACAUUGCUAGUGAGGAUAGGUAACCUUCAGACCCCUGAAGGCACCCCUCCUGGCGUCUCCUGGCGUUUUCUUUCUUCUAUACAAGGCGUAUGACAUCGCAAUCCGACAUAUCGUAUCAAUACAUCCUUAUUCUCGUUUAGACCCUUGAAUCUCUUAUAUCAUACUGCGCUGGUUCGCCUUCAUCCUCCCGGAGUCCUCCACUUGUUGUGAUCCUUCGCAUUUUGUGUUCUCCAUCCCUUGCGCUGGAACUGACACGAAAGGGGCUACAGUGUCGGAGUUUUAUGGUUGU